AUGGCGUCCAUUACUGCACUCCUGACUCCUGAACUUGCAACGCUUCGCUUCUCUCCGUCACCCAGCGUCCCCGCACUGCGCUCCAGCAGCAGUGAAACUCGUGCAGCGGUUCUCGCGUCGACUGCUGGUCCACGACGCGUCUCUCGAGCCCCACUCUUGUCGACGGUCGCGACAUUUGUGGCUGCCGCGAGUGUGGUUACAAUGUUCGUCGUCAUCGCUGCUGGUAGUACUCCCCUCACUGCCUGCGCCGCAGAGACGCCGGGAGUGGAAUACGAGCAACUGCCGUCCAACCCCGCUGCCAGGGCUUUGAACGAACUUUCCGAUUCUUCCCAGAGCGCCGGGCAGAAGGUGAAAGAAAGGGCGGCGGAAACAGGACAGACGUUGGAGAAUCAAGCGAAGAAAGCAGGAGAGGUCCUGUCUGAAAGGGUGGAAGAAACGCGCAAGGGAGUCGCGGAUCAGGCCAAAGAAACGGUCGAGGCAGCUGGCGGACAGGCGGAGGAGUUUCGCGGAGCGGCUCAAAGGCACGCGGAGGAGUUGAAGGAGGCUGCUGGAAGGCGCGCGGAGGAACUCGGGGAGGCUGCACGCCAGCGCGCGGAGGAAUUGCGCGAGGCGGCUGGCAGGCGCGCGGAGGAGCUCGGGGGGAAGGUCACUGAGCAGGCGGAAGGUGCCGUGGAGAAAACGCGCCAGGGUCUGGGCGCAGCGGAAAGGAAAGCCGAGGAGGCGCUAAAAUCCGCGCGGGAGACCGCGGAAAGCGCUGCUGAAAAGGCAGGGGAAGGGUUUGGGGCGGCAGGGCGGAAAGCGGAGGGGAUUCUUGGGGAGGCGCGCGGGACGGCGGAAGGGCAGGCGCGGAAAGGGACUUCCGCCGCACAGGAGGGCGCGGAGUCAGCUGGCGGAUACGUGAAGGAAGGGAUUGAGCGGGUGAAGGAGGAGGCUCGGGAGAGGGCGAGAGGGGUGCAGAAGGCGAGGCAGGAGGCUGGGAAGACAGCGGAGAGGGUUAAAGGGAGAGUGGAGGAGGGGGUAGAGGGGGCGAUGGGGAGGGCUGAGAGGAGCGCAGAAGAGGUGCGGAAGGGGAUGGCGGAAUCUGCGGAGCGUGCAGGGCAGAGGGUGAGGGAGGGCGGGGAGAAGGUGGAGAGUGGGGAGAGUGUGAAGGAGAGUGGAGAGUCGGCAGGGCAUGGGAUUCUGGAUUCUCUCAAGGAAGGACUGCAGAAUCUGAGGGGUGGCUGA